AUGUACAAGGACAUGUUCAUCGUCUGGAAAUGGCUCCCAUACAGCACCACCACCAACGCCGUCCUCCCCAUCACAAACGUGGCUGCCCGAAUAUCAUGCUUUCAUCCUUCUCCUCCUCAUCAUACAUGCACACACUUUCCUGUCCAUCUUCUCGCAAUCAUGGCGUACAUGAUCAUCGGGCGAAGCAAGAAGCCCGCGCCAGACACCACGCUAGAUCCCACAUAUGGUCUACAGCACAUGGCCGCCUUUGAGACCUAUGUCGCGCACAUGGAAGGUGACAUGGUCACCGCACUGCUCAGCCUUCCAACACGUGAAGUUGAUGGCCAGGAGAUUGGAGACUAUGAUGGCGCAAAGGACUUGGUCAUGCCAGAUCCCAGCGACCUCAUCGACCCUCUCCAGCAUUGCCGGACUUUGAAGGAGCUCCAGUCUACAGUCCAAAAGCACUGGACCCGCCAGAAGAAGCCACUUUCCGACAGUCCGCGGUGGAGCAUCCCCAUGCCCGCCCGACUCGUUGCUGCAAGCUACACCACGCACGAUCCCGCUCCAUCGGUCGACGUCGACGAUGAUGCUUCCCAGCCGGAUCAUGUCCACGCCGCCGUCACCUUCGUCAACGAUCUCGGAGGUCUCCUGCGUCUUCCUCCCUCCUUCACCGUUCCAAUGCAUCAGGACUUGAAUGCCGACGAGGUCCGCGACGCCUUGCUCAUCAAGUUCCAUCAAGAGCUUCCCCUGACCACCCAAGCACAACUCCUCGACAAGCAUGCGUCCAACCCUCCUACCCUCCACCUCUGGGUUAUGCCGCAAGGACUGGAGCACGGCCAGCUGUAUUCCUGGCAAAGCGGUCCCCUCAGCCAGUUCCUAAGCGCCGCCUACAUCGCUGCCAACGACCGGAGACUCUACCUCGAAGCUCGUCUGGCACCCAUCAUCACCUCGGAAAUGCUGACCAAACAUGCCAUAACACCAGAAAUACUCUCCAAACACACCAUCAACGCCUCCGACUCCGAACCCGACGACAUCGAUCAAGGCUUGCUGAGCGACGAAUCCCAAUCCGACUCGGCAUCCUCCAUCAUCACCCCAGACUCCGACCUCAGCUCUUCCUCCCGCAGCGCCUCCAUCGUCCAAGUCAUGUCCCUCCCGUGUAAAUCAGCCGGCAACGGACCGCAGUGCACCAUCCUCGUCGACUUCGACACCACCGCCCUCCCCGAUUUCAACGACUCCCUCUCCGGCCGCUGCGUCUACCACAUCCCCCUCGCAGCAACACCCUACUACCUCGGCGCCCACGUCCUCCGCCACGCCUGCAUCUACUUCCGCAACGCCCAAUUCGAAAUGAUGCGCACCUUGAAGGAAUCCAACCAAGGCCUGCACAUGCUCAGCACCACCACCUUCUCCGACGAACGCGACGCCUACCUCGUUCGAGACUCCACCCAAUCCUCUCGAAUCUCCAAACUAAGCGACAUCUUCCUCUCCCGCAAAUCCCUCAAAUCUCUCCCCGAAAUCCCCAUUACCAUCAAAAUCUCCAUCAUUGAUCUGGUUCCCGGUGAAGAUGCCUACGAUUCAGGCGAAUGGUCUCCUCAAGACAGAGUCUACGCCUACCACCGCAUCGCAACUGCACCCCCUCCCUCUCCCUCCCCACCACGAUUCAAAUCCCGCCUAACAAUCACCCUCCAAAAACCCUUCUUCGGUCCCGAGGAGGAAGUACAACUCCAACCCCUCCAAACCGCACACGUCGUUCGCUACCCCCGAAUCUUCCCUCCCGCAGGCCCAGUGGUGGGCAUUCCCUGUCGUGAGAUCAAUGGCAUGGUGAUUGGAGACCCUCACCUCGUCAACGAGAAACCUUGUCAAGAAAACCAAAUCUGGAUUGACAAAUACAAGGAUAUUGAGGGUGAAGGCAUGAAAUCGAGAACUGCGUAUCGGAAUAUGGGGCAAGAGGCUUUUGAAUAUGGGAUUCGAGAGGGUGUGCCUUUUCUGCCUACUUUGACGUUUUUGCCGUUUGUGGGGAAGGGAGUGGUGGGGUUGGAGGGGAUGAGAAUUCAUGUCGCGGUGCGGAUCGUCAAUUCCACUUCACGGAGAGGAGUCGGGGUGCCUAUGGGGGUUGUGGUGAAAGUUGGAGAUGGAGAGGGUAUGAAGGAUGUUAUUUGUGGGAGUCUGAGGGUGAAGUUGAGGGAGUGGUAUGCGAGGAAGGGAGUUCUGGAGGGAGUUAAGUUGGUGGAUGAGGGGGAGGAGGGGAAGUGGAGGUGGGAUUUGUGGGCUUUGCCCCAGAAGGUUGGGGAGGAAAAGGUCAUGUAUCGAUUUCGGGAGGGGAGUUUGAGGGUGUUUUUGGAUGAGGAGAUGGUGGAACGAGGGGUUCGGACGCUUUAUAUGGAGGCGCAUAUGGUUGAGUAG